CCCCCCAUGAGACUCUGCCUGGCCUGGCUGGGCUUCUACACCUUGUCCCUGUGGGUGCUAAGGAAGAGGAUGUUGUCUGGGCCUGCCCGGUACCUGAGGAGCCCUUUAUCCAGGUCUCUCUACAUGAAUAUGAUGGGCAGCCACAGCCAGCCAGCCCCGGGCAUCAAGGAAAACCACCAGUGGUACGUGUGCAAUACAGAGCAGCUGUGCGAAUCUCUUCAGCCUAUUUUCGUCCAGAGCUACCUUGACCAAGGGACACAGAUCUUCUUAAAUAAUAGUAUUGAGAAAUCUGGCUGGCUGUUCAUUCAACUUUAUCACUCCUUCGUGUCGUCCGUUUUUAGCUUGUUUAUGUCUAGGACGUCGAUCAAUGGCUUGCUGGGAAGAGGUUCCAUGUUUGUGUUUUCACCCGAACAAUUUCAGAGACUGCUCAAAAUAAACCCAGACUGGAAAUCCCGCAGGCUUCUCGAUUUAGGAGCUGGAGACGGAGAAGUCACAAAAGUCAUGAGUCCUCACUUUGAAGAAACUUAUGCGACCGAGUUGUCCGAAACUAUGAUAUGGCAGCUUCAGAAGAAGAAAUACAGAGUGCUCGGCAUCAACGAAUGGCAGAACACAGGAUUCCAGUAUGAUGUCAUCAGCUGCUUGAAUCUGCUCGAUCGGUGUGAUCAGCCAUUGACUGUAUUAAAAGAUAUUAGAAGUGUACUUGAGCCCACGAGAGGCAGGGUCAUCCUGGCGUUGGUUCUGCCCUUUCACCCAUAUGUGGAAAAUGUAGGUGGCAAAUGGGACAAACCUUCUGAAGUUUUGGAAAUCAAAGGACAGACAUGGGAGGAACAGGUGAACAGCUUGCCAGAGGUUUUCAGGAAAGCUGGCUUUGCCAUAGAGGCGUUCACUAGACUGCCGUACUUAUGUGAAGGUGAUAUGUAUAAUGACUACUAUGUCUUAGAUGAUGCGGUCUUCAUCCUCAAACCAGUGUAAACGUGUCUUCUGAGUCAAACCCAAGAAGCAGCCUGUGAAUGAAGCAUUUUGAUUUGGGGGAGGUUUUGGGGAUUUUUUGUGUUUUUUUUAUUAUUAUUAAUUACAGGAAGGGAGGGGAAAAUUUGUGGUUGUCCAUUCUAAAUCGCCGUCAUGUAUGAAGUCUAAAGGUCAAAAUACUAAUUUCUUUGUAGUAUGUUAAAAAAGGACAUCUUUUUUAAAAAGACAGAGGUCUUCUGUUGAUGAUUUCUUAAUUCCCACGACGCACUUGCAAUCCAACAAUAAACUGAAGAUAUUUUUAUACCUAACCAUGGUAGGGCUCAUUAUCCGGCAAUAGCCAGGAUGCUACACGAACUGAUCCAGUACAGCUGGUUCUUCUCAAGGACAUCAGGAGGGAAUGCUGGCAAUAAAACUCUCCAUUUAGUGCAAAACUGGGUUGAUCAGAUGUUGGGACGGGGUUUCUUCCAUGUUUAUGAAGUUAUUUUAUCUGUUGGUCUUCAGCACAUGUUUUUAAUCAUGCUAAUAAAACUUUUUUUGAGA